AUGGUAAGCACGGGCGCCGGGAGCGGCGCCGCGCUGGGGGCCGCCGGCCCCCGCCUCAGCGCCCCCCUCUCUCCGCAGCCCUUCACCGAGCGCGCCUACUACCCGGCCACGGCCACGGCCUCGGCCCCGGCCCCCGCGCCCUUCCCCGCCUUCCAGUUCCGCGCGCGCCACGAGAGCCCCGAGUGGCGCCGGCUGAGCGCCGUGGACGUGGGCCGCGUGUGCCGCGAGGGCGACGUGGCCACGCUGCAGGAGCACCUGGGCCACGUGACGUUCUGCAGCGCCGAGCGCGAGCGCUGCCCGCACUGCCAGGGCCCCGCCGACCCGCUGCUGCUCAAGCUGCUGCGCCUGGCGCAGCUCUGCACCGAGUACCUGCUGCACUCGCAGGACUACCUGAGCGGCCAGCUCGGCGGCCUCGAGGAGGCCCUGCAGGCAGCGCACGCGCAGCGCGACCAGCUGCGCCACGAGCUGGCCCGCGCCGCGCAGGACCUCAAGGCCCUCAAGGAGGAGUGCCGGCGCAGGAAGAAGAUGAUCAGCACCCAGCAGAUGAUGCUGGAGGCCCGCGCCAGCUACCACCAGUGCCAAUUUUGUGAGAAGGCUUUUAUGAACUAUUCAUUUUUGCAAAGUCACAUGCAGAGGCGUCACCCAGAAGAAUCUCAAGUUGAACAGAAAAAGAGCGCAAAGACGGACAAAUUGCAGGAAGAGAUCAAUAAACUGAAGGAGCAGCUAGAAUUCACCAAGUCCCAGUUAGAGGCUGAACAACAUGCUAAUAUGGUUAAGUUUUCCAAGGAAUGUGAACAGCAAAAAUCAAAAGAAGAAGAAAUUCUACAAUCAUUUCAUAAAUGGAAAGAGGAGGAAAAAGAGAAAUUAGCAGAUGAAAUAGAAAAAGUGAAAGAAAUGUUUAUGAAAGAGCUUAAAGAGUUAUCUUCAAGAAAUUCAACAUUAGAAGAUCAACUGUUACUACUACAGAAGUCAAAUAUGCAACUUAAAUCCAACUUAGGGACAUUAAAAGACAGCCAGGAAUUUAUAGAAGAGAAACCCCAGAAUCCUCAGGAUUACCACAGUGUGGUUAAACUUCUUGAAAAACAGGAAGGUAAAUGGACAUCUAGAAUACAAGCCCUUCAUCAGGAACACGAGGCAGAAAAGAAUCUGCUCUUGUCACAGAUUGAGAAGCUUAAAUCAUCUGUGAGAGAAGACCUGAAUAAAAGCAACACUUUUUACAAGAGGAGGAUAGAAGAGUUGGGGCAGAGGCUUCAGGAACAGAAUGAUCUAAUUAUUACUCAGAAGAAACAGAUAAAAGAACUGUCUGCCAGGUCAGUUGCAAGUAUCAAACCGUAUGAUGCGAACAGUAAUGUACAGCCUCUUGUGGAAUGUAAAUCGAGUCUACCCGUGAUGCACGAGCAGGCACCCUUGGUACAUAUGCUGGAACCCAUAGAGGAGCUUUCAGAAGAGGAAAAAGAAAUUGAGAAAGGUGAUCAUAAGACAGGUAGAAGUAACCAACAUUUAAUAAAUGCUUUGAAGACCGAUCCGUCUUUAACUAAAGAACUGCGAGUUGUUUUAGAGCAAGCCCUGGAGGAGAAGCUGGAAUCCUUGGGAAUUAAAGCAGGUGUUCGUGGUAUCCCAAAUGAGCGCUUAAAUAGAAUUUUACAUGCCAUUGAGUCUGCUAGAGAACACAAACAGAAGCAAGAGCCUGACAUCCAGCGAAUUCGGGAGCAUCUUGAACGCCAAGUCAGCUUUAGGAUUGAAGAGAAAUCAUCGUCUUGCAAUAGAUUUGUUUCCUGCCCUCAUCUUCCUUCAGAAGACAAACAAAAGUUCAAUCAACUGAGAAUGUCCUCGUCUGCAAUACCACAAAAAACAGUAAAACGGCCUUCAACAGCCGUCCGCCCAGCUGGACCAAGAGCAGCUGUCACUGAGAACACAUCUACACCAAAGUCCAGGAAGCUUUUUGGAGAUGGAGUUUCCAGAAGGACAUCCAGUAUCACAACUCCACCAUUCAGUUCAGAGGAAGACGUGGAUGAUGAUGACAUUAAGCAGGCWUACAUAUCACCAGAAUUACUGCAGAAACAGUCAAAAACAUCAAGCAAUAAUGUCAGUGCUUUUCGGGCUCCUGGCAAAAGUGAUAUGGAUGGGACUGAAGAAAGCGAAAUGGAGGAAGCUGAAACACCUGCCAAAACUUCAAAAGGAACAGUUAUUCAAAAAAUUACUGAGCAAGUUGGAAAGAGUCUUUCUAACCAUGGAAAUAAGAAUAAACCAGCUGGAGGAGUUAACGUUGCACAGGCAUUUAUUAAGAAAGAAGAGGUGCAAGAACUAAAGUUCACAGAAGUUGAUGAGGAUGACUGGGAUAUAUCAUCUGUAGAGGAUGACCUCUUGCUGAUGAAACCAGACAGAGGCCAGAAGGCGCAGGCUGCUCAAAAGCCCGAGGCCAAUGCUGCGUCAGUGGUGCAAGCCUGGGGUCUUCCAAAGAGCAGUGCACCGAAAGAGGAAGGCCUUCAUGAAGCRGAUAAUACAAGCACACUAAAAAGCAGCUUGGUCACUGUAACAGAUUGGAGUGAUUCUUCAGAUAUCUGAUUGUUGUAUUCCUAACAGGAGGCACGGUUUGGGGGCUCUGAGGGGCUUGGCAACUUAGCUGAAAACACCAAAAUUGCUUCAUACCCAUUUGUCAUGUUGUUCAUGUCAUAAGCAGGAAUACUGUGGUUUACAGAGCCCUUUGUCUUUCAGCCCUGGAUUGGGAACAAAGAGUGUUGCAAUGCACCUUGCCGGCCCUCGCUGCUUGGAAAUUCAGAGUUAAUUCUUAGGGCAGCUGAAGCUGAUGGCAAAAAUCUCUCUGAUUUCCCUGGGCUGAAGGUUUUGCCUCUAAUGUUUGCUUUCAAGACUGAAACUAUAAGAAAGCCUGUUAAUCAAUGAACAGAACUUACUGCAGAUGAUUAUUUUAUAAGGGUUUUAAAUGAAUAUUUUCUUGUAUUUUAUCAUAAGCUUUAUAUCAAAUUGUGAACAUUUUAAAUAAAGUAUUUC